AUGAGAUUUACUGAUAAACCCUUAUCAUUUUUAAUUGAUGAUAUUCUUAAAUCAUCAAAUCAAUCAACACAUCAUACUUAUCCAAUAAUAAAUAAAUCUUUAUGUUCGAAUAGAAAUUUUGAACAAGGAAAAUUUUCAUCAUGUCAUUCAAAUUCUUCUCAUCAUUGUCAUUUAUCAAUUUUACAAUCCGAUUCAAUGUAUUCAAAUUUUAUUCAUCAUAGACGUUGUCGACGAACACGAACAGUUUUUUCUGAUGCACAAUUAAUUAGUCUUGAAAAACGUUUUGAAACACAAAAAUAUCUUUCAACAUCGGAUCGUAUUGAACUUGCGGAUAUGUUACAUUUAUCUCAAUUACAAAUAAAAACAUGGUAUCAAAAUCGUCGAAUGAAAUGGAAAAAACAAGUAAUGCUAGAUGGUUUUAAAGAAAUACCAACAAAACCAAAAGGUCGUCCAAAGAAAAAUUCAAUUCCAUCUUUUGCUGAAUUACAAAGACUUGAAAAUGAAAAACAAAUAAGUACAUCAAUUAUUUCAUCAUCAUGUACUUCUGAUGAUGAGGAAUAUACGUCACAAUCAACAAAUUGUUCCGAUGACGAUGAUGAUGGAGAAGAAGAAGAAGAAUUUAUUGAUAUUGAACAAUAA